CUUGACGAGCUCCGGGAGCGCCUACAUCCUUCUACAUACAUGUCAACAGAUGAGGAUCGGUUACUCGAAGAAGAAGCCUCGGCCUAUGGAGAUGACGAGAAACGGAGGAGAAGAGGCUACAUCCUCUCCGGACUCGCGUUCUUUCUGUUUGGCCUCACCAACAAUGUCCUUUAUGUGAUCAUUCUCUCUGCUGCCCUUGACUUAGUGCCUCCGGCCACUCCCAAAGGGAUUAUUGCAUUCUGCAAUAUCGCUCCGUCUCUGGUCGCGAAGGUCGGCUGGCCUUAUGUGCUCAAGGGUCGAAUACGAUAUACGAGACGAUUGCUGGGGUGUUGUGCUUUGAGCGUUUCCGGCAUGGUUGUCGUCGCAGCCUUUGACGCAUUGCCCAUGAGGUUACUGGGGAUUGGUUUGGCGUCCUUUUCGUCCGGUCUUGGCGAAUUGACUUUCCUCCAGCUGUCCACCACGUACGGAUCGCUGGCUGGGCAUUGUGUCGGAUAUUUUGCGUCCGGAACUGGCGCAGCGGGAAUCGUUGGCUCCUUCCUGUGGUGGGAGGUGCGUGGCUUAGGCGUCAGGGAAGGUGUAGGGCUCUCUACCAUAAUGCCCUUCGUCAUACCCCUCACAUACUUCUUCAUCCUUCCAUCAUCCAACUCCGUCGCGGUUCAUACAGCAUCGAACUCCGGAACUGAGAUACCUUACGCUCCGCUAACAACAACUGAAGACGAGGAGGUGCUCGGAAGCGACCCGCCCAUCGUCGCUACGUUGGAAGGAGAAUCAGUGACCGUCGCCUUGAGCGCUGAAGAAAAAUGGCACCUCGUACGACCCCUUUUGCUGCGCUACAUGCUGCCGUUAUUCUGCGUCUAUCUGUUCGAGUACACCAUCAAUCAGGGCGUAUCCCCUACAUUGCUUUACGACAGCUUUACGCCCAGCAUGCUGUCCAGACUCAUACUGAAGAUCAUACACUCGCCAGCCGAUUUCUAUCCGUUCUGGCAGCUCGUCUACCAGACCGGUGUCUUCCUUUCGCGCUCUUCAAUCUCGAUGGGCCUCCCGCCCCUUCCUGGAUGGCUGAUCUCGGCCCCUGCCGUCAUUCAGGCCUUCAUCCUGCUGGCUCUGACGCUGGAGUCGGCGUUGGGGCUAGCAGGGAACGAUACGCAAGGUGUUCUGCUGGUCUUCGUCCUUAUCAGCGUGGAAGGCAUAUGCGGAGGGCUCGCUUACGUCAACGUUUACCACCAUAUCAACCAGCGGUCGCCGAGUUCGAUAGCAGGAGACGGUACAUCGACAGAACGCGCGCGGCAGGAGCAGGAGUUCAGGAUCGGCUCGAUAGGGUUCUCUGAUUCACUCGGGAUCCUGCUCGCGAGUGUCGUCUCUGUCCCGACCGAGGUCGGACUAUGCAGGGCGCAGACCAGGAGAGGGAAACGCUUGUGCCGAGGGUUGUAAUCCAUUGACCAUCGAUCCUUGGCGUUUACGUACAUCAGGCAGGGUAUGGAGAACGAACGUCGGGUUGUUUACGCAUUUGGCUCUCACCCUCUGCCCGCCUUUUGUAACGUCACGGUCUUCUAUCACUUCGUAAACCCACGCACAGACUAUGAAUAAGGGAACUACGGCCUCCACAACCCCGUCGGUGUAUACCUCUUGUCCUCAUCGCCCCACGGGGAGGCGAUCGCUCCAGCCUCGAGAUAUCAUCGAAAGUACUGCUCGCACUCGCUCGGCAAUCCCAUGGGCGGUCGCCACUGCGAGAAGUGCGACCGCACGUUCGGCACCAAGCAUGCCCUCCUGCAGCACCUAAAGUCCUCGUCCAACCACGUCUUCUGCAGCGGCUGCAACCGGGACUUCGUCUCUGAGGCGGCGCGGCUGCAGCACUGGCGAAGCUCGCCGCAGCACAAGUUCUGCCGGCUGUGCAACGAUCUGAUCGACGACGACGACGAGCCGCGGGAGCACGACCGGAAGGCGCACUGCGUGUGCGACUCGGAUGGGUGCGAUUGGAGGGUGUUCGCCAGCCUCAGCGAGUUGAGGUCGCACCGGGAGGAAGACCAUUCGUACUGCGUGGCGUGCAAUCGGUACUUCGACAACGAGGGAAACCUCGAGAUGGUGAGCUGCGUUGGUUGUCAUGUUUGAACGCGGAGGGCUCGGAUCGUUGACUUCGAGCGCAUCGGCGCUUCUCUCUUCGUUUCAGCACGAAACGUCGCGGAAACAUCAACAGCGAAAACCGCUAACGUGCCCGAACGCAGAGUGUGAGGGAUCGUUUGAUACCCUUAGCGAUCUGCUGCAGCACUUCGAGAGCAACAGUUGUGGGAUCGACGACUAUGCGUUGGUGCAAGAUGCCGUGUCCAAGCUAGAGGAGGGUAUACGGAUGUUGAGGCCCUAGGGGGUUGGGGUUUCGACGUCGAAAGCAAUCCCCCCUCUCUCUUUGGAAAUGUACUUCAUCUAGUGCUGGAUCAUGGUGGGUUGCGCUGUCUGAGCUGGAUCGGCGUGAUCCAAUGAAGCUGGUGUAUGGCUGCGUUUUCACCAGAAACGUCCUUUCAUGGCUUGUUUCGCGUUAAAACACGGUUGCGACGUGAUCACAUAGGCAUCAUCGUUAGCAUCGCGCGCCGGGGUGCGAGCACACAUGUCUCGUUAUCAUUCACCACUUGGUCAA